AUGGCCUCUGUCCACCACAUCCCGCGCCCAGCGCACGCGUCCCCACGCACAACAACAACAACCCGUGCAGCCUUUGCAGCACCACACGCUCUCCACUUUGCCAUCCCCAUCCUCCCAACACCCACCCCGCCAUCCCUCCUCAAGCGCCAGAGCUCGUCCAGCGGGUCGAGCAACGCGAGCAACUCGGCGCGCACAUCCCCCUCCCCGCGCUUCCCAGAGACGUCCCCGCCUCUGCGCUUCACCAGAGCCCGCCCAGCCAGCGCCGCCAGCAGCGGCCGCCACAGCCGCACCUCCACUCGCCGCCCAGCGUCGUCCCCCUCGUCGCUGUGUGCGUCCCCCGAGCUGCCCCCGGCACCCGUGGGCACCCCGCUCGACGUGCAGCCGCUGCAGCUGUCGUUCCCGGCGCUCGACGCCAAUGCCAGCCGCCCGGUCCUCGUCCGUCGCGACACGCCGCGCCCGUCGUCGCCGUCCCCCUUUGAGCCCCAGCUGCCCCUGCGUGACCUGGCCCCGCGCCGCCCAACGUCGCUCAACAUUGAGAUCAACGAGUUUGAGACCCACUUCCGCGCCAUCCACCGCGAUGGCGGCAUGGGUCUGGGUGUGAGUGUGUAG